AUGAAGUUGGCAAAAGGUUGCACUUUAAACCUCGAGACUCAACCACUAACACUUCAAACUAUCAAAUUUGUUCUUGGAGCAAUUUCAUCAUCAAACGACAAUGUUGUAGCUUGCGAUUGUAACCGACCAACGAAGAUAGUGAGAGCUUGGACCCGUGAAAACCCAGGUCGAAGAUUCUUGAGCUGCAGAGGACGCCGUGUUGGGAGUGAUUUCGAGUCAUGCAACUUCUUCCGUUGGUAUGAUGUUGAGAAACCUCAUGGAUGGCAGAAUCUUGCGCUUUUGGAGGCUUGGGAUACAAUCCGAGAACAAAAAGAGGAGAUUGCAAAUCUGAGGGAGCAGGUAAGAUCUGUAAAUCAUGUCUCAGAGAAUUUGGAAAUUUCGAGUGAAUUAAUGGAGAGUAUGAAACAAAAGAAUGAAGAAUGUGAAGCUUUGAAGAUAGAGGUGUUGAUUCUAAAGGAGAGGAGUUCGGUUUUGCGCAAUGUACUUGUGGCUUCGUCCAUGGGUUUUGCUGUGGUAUUUGGAGGAAUGAUGGUGAUGUCAAAGUAUUAA